GCAUACUGCGCAAGCCCCGUUGGCGAGUACGCCAUUUGUUGAAAUGGUUUUCCUGGUAGCUUAAUAAGUCUGCCAUAUCUGCUAUAAGCAGUCUCCAGUUUUUACAGGAGCUCAUCUGUUUCAGUCUGCACCAUGACGUGGGGCUUUGUAACUUGUGGGCCAAAUGAGGCCCUCGUCAUUUCAGGUUGCUGCUACAAUAAACCUCUUCUUGUCCCUGGUGGCCGAGCCUUUGUGUGGCCUACUAUUCAGUGUGUUCAAAGGAUUUCAUUGAAUACAAUGACACUUCAAGUUGAAAGCCCCACUGUCUACACCAGCCAGGGCGUGCCCAUUUCUGUUACCGGUAUAGCACAGGUUAAAAUACAAGGCCAGAAUGAAGAAAUGCUACUUGCUGCCUGUGAACAAUUUCUUGGUAAGCCAGAACAUGAAAUUCAGCACAUUGCAUUGGUCACACUGGAAGGGCACCAGAGAGCUAUUAUGGGAAGUAUGACUGUUGAGGAAAUAUACAAAGAUAGGAAGAAGUUUAGCAAACAAGUUUUUGAAGUUGCUUCAUCAGAUCUUGUGAACAUGGGAAUUACUGUUGUAUCAUAUACUCUGAAAGACAUAAGAGAUGAAGAGGGGGCAAAGGGGUAUCUGAAAAGCUUGGGUAUGGCCAGGACAGCUGAAGUUAAAAGGGAUGCUCGCAUUGGUGAAGCUGAAGCAAGGAGAGAUGCCCAAAUUAAAGAAGCUAUUGCUGAAGAAGAACGUAUGGCUGCCAGAUUUCUGAAUGAUACAGAAAUUGCAAAAGCACAGAGAGAUUUUGAGCUCAAAAAAGCAGCAUACGAUGUUGAAGUCCAAACAAAGAAAGCUGAGGCCGAACUGGCUUAUGAACUACAAGCAGCAAAGACAAAGCAACGAAUCAAAGAAGAGCAGAUGCAGAUUCUUGUUGUAGAACGAAGCCAAGAGAUUGCAGUCCAGGACCAAGAAAUUCAGCGAAGGGAGAGAGAACUUGAAGCUACUAUAAGACGUCCUGCAGAAGCAGAGAAGUAUAAGUUGGAGAAACUUGCUGAAGCAAACAGAAACAGAGUGAUACUUGAAGCAGAGGCUGAAGCUGAAGCUCUUCGUGUCAGAGGAGAAGCAGAAGCAUUUGCUAUUGAGGCAAAGGCUCGAGCUGAAGCAGAACAAAUGGCAAAAAAAGCAGAUGCCUGGAAGGACUACAAGGAAGCAGCAAUGGUUGAUAUGCUCCUUGAAACAUUACCCAAGGUUGCAGCAGAAGUUGCUGCUCCUCUGUCACAGGCAAAGAAGAUAACUAUGGUAUCAGCAGGAAAUGGUGAGGUUGGUGCUGCCAAGCUCACUGGUGAAGUCCUUAGUAUUGUCAGUAAAGUCCCUGAAGUGGUAAAAACUCUAACAGGUGUUGAUAUUGUGAAGACUGUUCAUGGUGCCUAAGCUGAAGGCUCCAAGGAUUUUCACUCAGCUAUUGUUGUAAGAUCUGAUAAUUAAAAUGUGUAGUUAACAAUUUAUGCCUGUAUUUUAUGACAGCUGUGAAUAAUCUCGUGUAACAAUCUGUUAGAAGCUGUGACAAUUCUGUUGUUUAUAUAUAAUCACUUCAUGUGUACCUGCAUAAAAUUGCUAUACAUAUUUUUGACAAAGAAUAAUGAAAAUGAUAUAUGGGCACAAGUAGUAUAUUGAAACUAAGAUAAUACUGUGGCCAGACAAACUCUGAAUAAUCUUCAAUAAAAAAGGUGGUUUUUGUGUAUUGCAUGUGAAAUUAUAUCAAAAUCAUCAUUUUUCAUUUUCAUAACUAUGCAUUUAUUUGCUUCUUACACAGGACAUUUUAUUUUAGAAGCAAAACAAUGUAUUUAAAGUAAGUGUGUAUUUCAGUGUAUUCCCCUUUGAUUGCUAUUUGCUUUCGAAUUGUAUUCAUAUGCUAUGGGUAUUGUAGACAAUAGAAUCUCAUACAAUUAUCAGACUUCUCAUUCAUUAUUGAAUAUUUGAUUACUGUAGUGUGGAUUUUGUCAAAUGUCAUGCAUUUAUUAAAAAACUAAAUGAGUUA